GGGGGGGGGGCGGAGGCAGAAAUCCCGGCCUUGUGUCGCUCGGACGUGCUCGCGCCAUGCUGCUGCCGUUGCCGCUGCCGCUCCCCGGCGGCCGUUCGCCGCCGAGGCCGGCCUCGCUCCCGCCCCUCCUCGCCCUCCUCCUGCUCGUCCUGCUGCCGGGCCCCGCGCGGCCCAUCUCCUUCCAGCUGCCGGGCAAGGCCCGCAAAUGCCUGCGCGAGGAGAUCCACCGAGACAUGCUCGUCACCGGCGAGUACGAGGUCGUCGCCCCGCCGGGCUCGUCGAGCGGCCCGUCCGCCAACCUCAAGAUUACUGACUCAGCUGGGCAUAUUCUCUAUGUCAAGGAGGAUGCAACUAAGGGCAAAUUUGCUUUCACCACGGAGGAUUACGACAUGUUUGAAGCCUGCUUUGAGAGCAAGCUCCCUGUGGUUCCAGGAACAGGGCGGAUGCCAGACCAGUUCGUGACCUUGAACAUGAAGCAUGGAGUAGAAGCAAAGAACUACGAGGAGAUUGCUAAAGUAGAGAAGCUGAAGCCACUGGAGCUGGAGCUGCGACGCCUGGAGGAUCUUUCAGAGUCUAUUGUCAAUGACUUUGCCUACAUGAAGAAGAGGGAAGAGGAGAUGCGGGACACCAAUGAAUCUACCAACAUUCGGGUACUAUACUUCAGCAUUUUUUCGAUGUUCUGCCUCAUUGGACUGGCUACCUGGCAGGUCUUCUAUUUGCGUCGUUUCUUCAAGGCCAAGAAGCUGAUUGAAUAGGGGCAGUUCCCCCUCUUUUAAACCCCAGCAGAACAACAGAGACCCAACUAUGGCUGUUUAGAGCCACCUCAGGGUUGACCUGCCAAACAGAGCUUUUUCUGCAAUGGAUCCCCAGGGGGAGGGAGGGAAAUGCUGGUAUAGAACGCGGUCAGGAUGCUUCUGAACUAUUAUUGGAUAGACAUGGAAGACGGUGGGAGUUGUGAUUUUGGGGACUCUUGGACAGGGAUGAAAUAAAACUGUCAUGACAGCU